ACAGUUGUUAACCAAGUGAAUAAAUACCGUUAGCUUACAAUGGUGAUCAAAACGCCUUACAGUAGCUAUCCAGCGAGUCAAGCUAAGUUAGAAAUACACACUUUGCUAGCUUGGGUAGCCAACUACUGUAACGUUACCAAGCUAAAGGUUAAAGCUAGCAUGAUAUCCAUCACACGUUACUGCUACAAUGUUUAUUAGUUGGUAAUAUAAACGUGUAAUCAAGUCCUUAUUAAUGAGACGGACCAUAUUGACCGUAUCCAUGUGACCAUGGAAGAUGUGCAGAACAGCAAUGGCACUGAGACACAGACUGUCACCAUCCCCACCACCAUCACAGCCUCCCAGAUCUCCCAGAUAGCCCAACAGAUGUCUUUGGGAGGCUCUCCUUUGACGGUGGUCCAGCUCCCAGGGGGUCAGUACCAGGUUCAGGGGGUGAUCCAGUCGGCUCCGUCAGUCAUUCAGUCCCCUCAGGUCCAGACUGUUCAGGGCCAGGGCUCCGACAGUGAUGAUUCCCAGGACUCAUCAGACAGUGGAGUAUCUGCCCAGAAAACCAGAGAGAUACUAGCUAGACGGCCCUCCUACAGGAAGAUCCUUAAUGAGCUGUCUUCUGAGGAGGUGGCAUCACGACAUGAGGGAGAGGAAGACAACCCCGCCGCCUCUGGCAUGACCACUGUGGCCACGCCCAAUACACAGACCAUUUACCAGACCAGCAGCGGCCAAUACAUUACAAUCGCCCCUAAUGGAACUAUCCAGCUGGCCAGCUCAGGCUCAGAGGGUCUCCAGGGUUUACAGACUCUCACCAUGACCAACUCAGGCCAACAGCAGGGUACCACCAUCCUACAGUAUGCCCAGACACCCGAUGGACAGCAGAUACUCAUGCCCAGCAACCAGGUGGUCGUACAGGGUGCAGGAGGAGAGAUGCAGACGUACCAGAUCCGCACGGCGCCCACGGCCCAGCAGACUGUGGUCAUGACUUCCCCUGUUGGAAUGUCUGAGCAGAAGAGCGGCGACCCUACCAUGAAGCGGGAGAUCCGCCUUGCCAAGAACAGGGAAGCGGCCCGUGAGUGUCGCAGAAAGAAGAAGGAAUAUGUCAAGUGUUUGGAGAACCGCGUAGCCGUUCUGGAGAACCAGAACAAGACUCUCAUUGAGGAACUGAAGACGUUAAAAGACCUGUACUGUGUCAAAACAGGAUAACCAGGAAAACUAAGAAGCCAGCCAAUGAGCAGGACUUUAACAGCAGCAAACGGCUCAGCUCUCUCACAUGGACCAUGCGGGGUUAACUGGGAACACUUCAUUUCAGUCCUGAAAUACUACUCAGUUUUUGUUUUAUACUCUCUGUUUUAACAAACGUGUCAUAAACAGUGGCUAUGGGAAGGUUCCAUAUAAAAGACAAUGAAAGAGUGAGAGGUUGGCUGAUUUUCAACAGAUUUUUUUGUUUUUUAUUGAGCUAACAAUUGAAUUACUAAUGCUUAAAUUUUCAUAUUUGUGUAUAUUUUGUGAGCACACAUGAUGCGUUAAUUGUAAGCUUUAUCAUUGACAUUCAAUUUUCAAUUGUCCCCCUUUUUCCAGAAGCAGCACCCUAUUUUAAAAAAAUUCUAUGAAUCAUGUAGCAGAGAGAUUCAUCUGCAGUUUUUAACAACUAAAAAUUUGUAGCUGAAUUUUGAUUGUAUGAUGCGUUAAUGAUUCAUGUAUUUCUUAUGUGAACCAGAUCCCAUCUCUCCCUUUUCCCCCAUGAGGAAAUGUUACAUGUCCCAUUCCCUUCCAUUGUCCACAGGGAUGUAAGAGCUAUUAGAUAACAUUGUGUAAAGAUUACUUGGCUGUUACUAAGACAAUCUAUAUCAGGGAGAACAUGUCAGGAUAAUAUUUAUUUUCUAUUUCUGGAGGGGUGGGGGGGGAAUGAGCAAAGCAAACAAAAUGGGGGAACGCAAUGUGACUAAUUCUAUAAGUAAUGGAAAUAAAUGUUUCAAUUCUUUCAGUCUUUGCAUACAGUAGACCUCAGGUUAUAUAUUUUUAAUAAAAACAUAACUGAAUUGUU